UUGGUCUAUCAAUGGGGAUUCAGGGAACUGAAGUUGCUAAGGAGAGUUCUGAUAUUAUUAUCUUGGAUGACAAUUUUGCCUCGGUCGUGAGGGUUGUCAGGUGGGGCCGAUUGGUAUAUGCAAACAUACAAAAGUUUAUACAGUUCCAACUAACAGUCAAUGUCGCAGCUCUGAUAAUCAAUGUAGUUGCUGCCGUCAGUUCCGGAAACGUGCCGUUGAAUGCUGUUCAGGUUUGAGUACAGAUCCUUUUC